GCGAGAUGGAUUCAAAGAAGUUCAGCGAUUUCUCGACCCUGCCUCCCAAAAAUUCACCUACAAAGAACGUCAUAGUGAUCUCCUCCGGUUCAUCAAGCGCCACAAUGAUCCCUCCUCUUCCCCAAAACCCUACUUUGGCUGUAAACCCAUCUCCGACCAUUCUUGAUGGACGACGCUGUUCCAAGAACGGUGAACAAGUCUUUCACGACGCUGUUCAGAAACCUACAGACGGAGUAACUCCCGAAGGUGGAUUGGUGAACAAGUCUUCCCCUUGGGUCAAAUCUCGGUUGCUUGGGAGAGGGGGUUUCGCCUCUGUUUAUCUAGCAACGUGCAAGAACGAAGAGAGAGCGAUCAAAACUGCAGAGAUUUCACGUGCUACGAGUCUCAUGAACGAAGGAAGGAUCUUAAGAAGUUUACAAUCUCCUUUUGUGAUUAGCUGUUCGGGCGAGGAGAUUGUACGGGAAGGAGCUGAUUAUCAUUACAACUUGAUACUUGAGUAUUGCUCUGGAGGAAGUAUAGGAGAUAUGCUCAGGAUCAUUCAGAAAGGGAUAAUGGAGUUUGAUGUAAAGCUGAUCGCUAGAGAUGUUUUGGUUGGUCUGAGAGAUAUCCACGCCAAAAACAUUAUUCACGGUGACAUUAAACCGGACAAUCUCUUACUGACCCCUAUUUUUAAUCACCAAAAUAGGUUUAACAGGUAUGUAACCAAGAUUGGGGAUUUUGGUUUAGCACUAGAGAAAGGUUCGGUGGAGUAUGGAGAUGGAUCGGGUCAUAAGAGAGGUACUAUGCGCUUUAUGGCUCCGGAGCUGAUAAGUUGUGGUAUUGUGGACUUUAGUGUUGACAUUUGGGCAUUUGGAUGUUCGGUUUUGGAGAUGUUAACCGGGAAAAUAGUUUGGGAAGAGUACGGUGGUUUGGUUUAUAAAGAUUUGGUCAAUCUAAUCGGUCACAGUAAUGUCAUUCCUUAUAUACCGAGUGGGUUAUCUGCAGAAGCACAAGAAUUUCUAAGGGGAUGCUUUGUUAAGGAGCCUAAAUCAAGGUGGGGGCUCGGUGCACUCAUGAACCAUCCCUUUCUCAAUUUGGAUGUAAAAUUGCCUUUUAAUGCAAAAUGA